AUGGGCAAACUUGAGAGUUCAGGUGGCGGGGAAGGGAGGGACUAUGUGUGCCACCCACCGCCCACUGAGGGGCCCCCGAGGUUGCUUCCAGGCCCUGGUGGUGUGCGCAGUGCUGCUGUGGAUGUCCGUGUGCAGAUGGGACAGCUGGUGCGGGAUGAAAACAUCUUUUUUGUGAACCCCGAGGGCGGCCCAGGCUUAGAAAUCACCACAGUGGAGGCCACCUCACCCAAUGACCAGCACCACCUCACCAUCGCCCACCAUGGGAGACUGAUGUCAGAGACCACCGAGGCAAAUGCCUAUCGAGCUCACAUACAGAAGAAGUUCAUCCGAAUGUGGUCCAGGGACGCCUUCACUGAGAUCCCUGGCUGCUUUGACCAGACAUUGACCAGUGAAGAGCAUGAAAGUCUGGAAGAGUAUUUCACUCCAAGGGUACCCAGGAGGCCUCACACGGUCGUCCUCAAGGCAUUACAAAGAAUGGGGAAAACGAGGUUCCUGAUGAAGGUGAUGCUGGCCUGGUCAGACGGUACCCUCUAUCGGGACAAAUUCUCUUUCAUUUUCUACUUAUGCUGCCGAGAACUGAAGCAGCUGAGGGUGACCAGCCUGGCCAGGCUCAUCUGCAGAGAAUGGCCCGAUGACUCUGUCCCCUUGGCGGACAUUGUGGCCCAACCAGAGAGGAUCCUGUUCAUCGUCGACAGCUUAGAGGAGCUGCUGUGCACCCUGAUGGAGCCCGAGUCGGAGCUGUGCCGUGACUGGAGGGAGGAGCGUUCAGUGAAGACAGUGCUGAGCAGCCUGCUGAGGAGGAAGAUUCUCCCAGAGUCGGCCCUGCUCCUGGCUGCCAUACCCAGGCGCCCAGAAGCUCUGGAGAGCAAACUGGACCACCCAAACAUGCAAGAUCUCAGAUCCUUCCAGGCCAGCCAUGUGAAGCAGUAUUUCUGCUGCUCCUUUGGAGACAGGGGCCGAGCCAUGGCAGCCUUCAGCUGGGUGCAAAGCAAUGAGCAUCUCUUCACCAUGUGCCACGUCCCCCUCCUCUGCUGGAUGAUGUGCACCUCUCUGAAACAGGAGAUGGAGCGCGGGAGGGACCUGGCAGCCACCUGCUGCAGGUCCAGCUCUGUGUUCCUGUCUUUCAUGUUUCAAGCGUUCAUACCCAAGGGCGCUACUCGGCCCAGCCAGCAGGGCCAAGGCCUGCUGAAGGCGCUGUGUUCCCUGGCCGCGGAGGGCAUGUGGACCGACACGUGGGUGUUUGGCGAAGAGGAGCUCAGGAGGAACGGGAUUGCGGACACUGAUACCACCACCUUGCUGGACCUCAGGCUCUUCCGGAAGUACAGCGAGUCCGGGAGCUCCUACUGCUUCAUCCACAUGUGCAUGCAGGAGUUCUGUGCGGCCAUGUACUACCUGCUGGACAGCUCCCGCGACCACCCCAGCCGGGCCGUGAGGCCCAUAGAUGCACUGCUGCUCACAUACUUCAGGAAAGACAGAGCCAGCUGGGUGUUCCUGGGCUGCUUCCUCUUUGGCCUCGUAUAUGGAAGUGAGCAGCAGAGGCUGGAUGCCCUUCUUGGGAUGCAGAGGUCACGGGAGUUGGCGCCCCAGCUCCUGGGAUGUCUGAGGAGCCUGGUGGAGAUCAAGGAGCCUGAGGAGCAGGUGGAGUUCCUGCUGCUCUUCUAUGCCCUGUUCGAGAUGCAGAGUGACGCCUUUGCCAGCCACCUCAUGAGCAGCCUCCGCGAGGCCCAUUUCCCCCUUCGGGAGAGGCCAGACUUGGCGGUUGCUGCCUACUGCCUAAAAUACUGCUACAGCUUGAGGGAGCUCACUGUCUCAGUCCCAGAAAUCUUUCCGGAAGAGAGGGGACCAAACCCCAUGUCAAGCCGUACUCUCCUCUGGUGGCGCCAGAUCUGCUGUGUGCUCACCACCAAUGAGCAUCUCCAGAAACUCCUGGUGGUGGAGAGCAAACUCAGCAGGUGGACGCUGCUGAUCCUGUGUUGUCAGCUGCGACAGACCACGUGCCCCGUGCAGAGGCUCGAGACAAGAAAAGUUUCCUUUUUCUGUGAGACCGGGAUUUUCUUUGAGGUGUUCACCAGUAACCCAAACCUGCAACACCUGAGCAUGACCUCCACCCAGCUCUCCCACGAUGAGGUCUGGGUCCUCUGCAGUACCUUGUGCAACCCGGUGUGCAACCUUCAGGAGCUACUGCUUCAGGACUCGGGCCUCUCUGCUCCGGAUUGCAAGGCCUUGGCCUCGAUGCUGGAGAUAAACAGGAAGCUGACGUUGCUGGACCUCAGUGAUAACAAGCUCGCUGAGGGUGUGCCCACACUGUGCGCAGCCUUGUACCACCCAUACUGCACUCUGAAGACGCUGGUGAUGGCCGGCUGCCAGAUCUGUGAGCACUUCUGCCCACACUUCUCUGAGGUUCUCCUGAGAAACACAAACCUGAGCCAUCUGGACCUCAGCAGCAACCCCCUGAUGGACAAGGGAGUGGCACAGCUGUGUGAGGCCCUGCGACAGCCCACCUGCCGCCUGCAGACACUGUGGGAGGUGGGGGAGGUUUCACCUGAUCCCUUAGGAAAUGUGAGCGUGAACCUCGUGGUCCAGGCUGCAGGGUCGUUGGAUGCCAUCGUAGAAGAGCAGGAGAUGCGAUCUCCUUCCUGCAGUGGCGUGAGCCAGUGUGCCCAGCUCAACAUUGUCUCAAUUGCCAAACCACAGAGAUGCAGGGAACAGGAGAGAAGUAAAGAAGCAGGUGGCACCGACAGCCGAAAGGGCCAGAAGAGUGCCUCGGGAGGUGCCUGGGAUAACAGGUCUCUGUGCUGGCUGUUGCCAUACAGUUUGCAGAGGUGCGGGAUCACUCUGAAGAUCUGUCGGGUCCUGGCUCUUGUCCUUGAGAGCAACCCAAACCUGAGAAGCCUGGAUGUCGGGGGCAACAACAUAGGAGAUAUCGGCAUGGCGUUCCUGAGCGGAGGUGUUCUGCACCCCCACUGCGGCUUACAGGAACUCAGCCUGGAUUCCUGCCAAUUGACCAGAGCUUGCUGUGAGGACCUGGCUUCUGUCAUUGCCCACAGUCAGACUCUGCAUGAACUGGACGUGACUGGCAACGCCCUCAGCCCCCGUGGCGUGAUGCUGUUGUGCGAGGCCGCGAGGGGGCCUAGGUGUGUCUUGCGCAAGCUCAGGAGGACCUCAAAGGUGGGGAGCUGGAGCCCAGAGCACGGGAUCCGUGUCUCCAAUCUCAGGGACACUGCGGUGGAGCUGGGACUCCAGGGACCACGGCCCUGUUCUGUGGAGCAGGACCCCCAGGGCCGUCCAUAG